CCAUCUCAAGGAGGAUCAGAAGAAAUGGACAGCAUUCCUCUGACAGGGAGUAACAGGAGCUCUUGACUGACCUGAGCCAUGAAGACCCAGAAGGCCCGAGAUAUUACACCUCCUUCACCUUCCUGCCGACGGAAGUCUCGCUUCACCUUACGAGGCAGAAAGAAGGACGGGGUGAUCCAAGGGAAACUUCGCAUCCGCUCCAUACCAGGAGCCUUCCUGGUGCUGGGGGUCAUCGUGGUGGUUGUUGGCACCGCUUUGGCUGUGGCAGGAUACUGGCCCUACCGGAUACAGAGAGCGUCCUUCCUGGGGUCUGCAGAUGGGGAAAGUUUCUCUGAGUCGCAGACUUCUGGGUGGAGUCUUGGAGCUAAGGGCCUCCUAUCCACAGCAAGCCUCAUCCACGGUGAGAGGAUGAAGCUGCUGGGGCCUGUCAUCAUGGGGGUGGGACUCUUCAUCCUCAUAUGUGCCAACACAGUCCUGUACGAAAACAGGGAUAGAGAGACUCAGAUGCUGCUGGCUCAGAUGCGAAGCGUAAUUUGCUCUGUGUCUGCGGCGGUUCCCUCGGCAGACCUUAAAGAAAUAGCCGCAGCCCACUCCAUGGCCAAACACUACCAGUGGGUGAGCAGUUUACCAGCUGCCCAUCUUAACAUCCUCUGUCUGCAGCAGCUGGCCAGCUCUGAACCGCUGCUCCAGACUAGACACCCCAGAGACCAGGAGCACAGUGUGGAAGGCAUCUACCAGCAGGCUGUUCUCCAGACAGAAGCCCUCCACCACCAGGAGUCAGAGCCUCCGCCCUCCCUACACUCCUCCUACUCCAACUCAUGUCAUUCCAGUCAGACAGACUUUAACACACAGUCUGGUGCUGAGCAUGGGGGCCGUGCCAGCUUUAAUCCGCACCCCUCCCCACUCGUCAAGCUCAACAACUGCCUGGUGUCAGCCGGCUCCAUGUCCACGCUGGACGGGGUAGAUAUGCCACCUUUCCAGCCGAGGCGCUGCCACAGUAUGAGCUACAGGACUAACCCAUAUACAGCUGGAACUGGUCUGCAAGAUGGACACCAUGCACCGGGGAAGGAGGGUGAAUCGAAUCGGCUGGUAGGCACAAGUGAGACUGGUUUACAGGUUUGCGUGAACAUCCCUUUGCAGGUUGUGGAGACUGCAGAAGAGCAAACCUGCCGAAGCUGGCCUCGGCUAGACCUGGGCAGCGGCAGACGAUAUCUGAAACUAGAGAACAAAGAGGACUCAGUGGACAAACUGCUGGACCAGUUAGAGCAGCAGUGUUAUCAGUGGGAUAAGAAUUUUGGCUCUGGGCCUUUCCAGUGAUUGCCUGCUCCAUACAGAGGGAUACAAUCACCCUGAUAACAAAGGAUCAUAAUGAUAUUUCCCCCUGGAUUCUAAAACUGGGCUAUAUUUAGUUUUUGCUGUGGGGGUCAGAGAGAGACCAAGCCCUGGAUUAUCUGGAGUACACUGUCUCUCAAAAGGAUCUUCCAAAACUUGAGCUUCCAAUUGGAUUUGGCAGAUGUUUUAUAUAAUUGAACGAACAAUAUACAGACCAUACACUGUCACAACUGAGAUAAGCAAUUUGACAGACUGUUUACUUCUGCAGUUUGGGUUGGCAGCAAUGCGAGAAAUCAACUUGUAUCACGAUGCCAAAAUGGGUUUGCCUGUUUCCAGGAAGUAGUGUGCACAACCUAAUGUAGCAGAGAUAGAAGGGGGAUUGUUUUACUGUGCAAUCUAUUUUCAAACUGGACUCCUAAAUCCAUAAAGUGCUGACAGCUCUUGACAAAUGCAACUAGUGUAUAUAAAUGAGAUUUUUUUCUGUACUCCAAAUGCAAUGCAUGGCAGUGAUGUAAAGUAUGUUACAUCUUAAUACUUAUGCAGAGAAUGACUGUUGGUUUUAUGUGUAUAAGAAGCAAUGCUAGUUAAAGGAUAAUUCUGGUUAUUUACAUCUUGGGUCUUGUGCUCUUCGGUUAGGCUCUUAUUUCUCCAGUACCAGCUACCAUAACAAUGUUCUCCCCAACUUUCUCCCCCAGAUUAGAUGCGGGAACCUGAUGACAUUGCUACAUCUGUCUCUGAACUGGGGAGGAUGCUCGUAAUUGACACUUCAAAAAAUAACCAGUAUAAUAGCAACUCUUUACUACUUCCAACACAGACACACACACCCAUGUAUGGCCUGUUAGGAUAUGUUUACUGUAAUCCACUACUGGCUAGGGCUGACAUAAGAACUGAGGUCUAGCAGCUCAUCCUCAUCCCAUUCUGUCUCCAGCUAGCAUCUCUUUCUUUCUAAGCUUACCCUGUGAUAUAUGUUUAUAUGUUUUCAUUAAAAUUGCAGUUGUCAC